GUGGUGGUGGCCUGGCUUCCCCGCCCCCGGGCGGCUCUGGCUCUCUGUCGGCUCGGCCCCUUCCAAGGGAGGAGGCGGGGAGUGGCGGGGGCGGGGGGUCCCGUGGCCGGGCUGGGAGACGCCAGAUCCUGACGCCGGACCGCGCGGACCUGCUGCCGGGACCCGGGCACGCUUGUUUCUCCCGAGUGAUGCUCGUCUAAGCAAGGACCAUGUCUGCGUAUCUGAAGCAUUUCACGGUGGUGGGUGACGAUCCUGCGCAGUGGAACAAUGACUACAAGAAGUGGGAGGAAGAAGAGAUGGAGGUGGAAAGCGGAGCUCAGCCGGCUGUGUCGACCAUCAAGAUGGAGCCAGCUCCCAGGCCCCCCACGUUUCGGGAGGUCAUGAGGAAGCUAUUCCAGUCGCACAAAUUUCAGAUCUUGGUUGUCUGUUUAGUUAUCCUGGAUGCUGUGUUGGUCCUGGCAGAGUUGCUUUUGGACCUGAAAAUCAUCCACCCAGAUGAACACGAGAUUGUACCUGAGGUGUUCCACUACCUGAGCCUUUCCAUCCUCACCCUCUUCCUGGUGGAGGUGAGCUUCAAACUCUUCACCUACCGCCUGGAAUUCUUCCAUCACAAGUUUGAGGUCCUGGACGCCAUCGUGGUCGUCAUCUCGUUUGUUCUCGACAUUGUUGUCCUGUUUCUGAAGCACGAUUUUGAAGCGUUUGGGCUCCUGAUCCUGCUCAGGUUGUGGCGAGUGGCCAGAAUCAUCAACGGAAUUAUCUUGUCAGUGAAGACACGCUCUGAGCAGCAGAUAUCCAAGCUGAAGACAGCAAACCUGCAGCUCACCACAAAGGUAGAACAGCUGGAGAGCAGCUGUGCUGAGAAGCAGCUGGAAAUUGAGAGGCUCACCCAUACCCUGAGGCAGCACGGCCUCCUUGCACAGCCAAAUCCUGCCCGGCCGUCCCCUCCAGCCCAGAGGAGCUCACCUUCUCCCAUACUGUCAUGAAGGCAGCCUUCUUGUACCUUCUCUGUGUCGUCUGCAGGCGGAGUUGACCUUCUGGAGACAGGCUUCAGUUUUGUCAAGCAGGUCGUGCCAGCAGGCAGCUAUAAAACAGGACACGCCUACGCAACUGUUAUUCCAAUCUUUAAUUGUAUAGCUGUACAGUUGUAAAAAAAUGGCAAACAAUUGUUUAAUAAAGUCAGAUCCAUGUA